GUAUACUGGACGAUGUAUGGAACAACGCACGAUGCAGCACAGAAGUAUGGUGGUCCCCAUGACGCAGCUCUUUCGAAUGGAAUGCGUCAGUUUUACGUACUUCUUUGAUUUCUGGUCGUCUAAUGUUGACCCUUUCGUGACAUCUCUCUCCAGGUCAACAUGACUUACUUUUCCAGAAGAUGUACUAGAAGCGAAAACGAGUGAAUGAGGUGUCGUGGAGGAGAAAACUACACGGGAAAACCGAACUUCAUUCGACCUCAGACUCCGAAUAGGGUCUUUCAGUUUUUAGAGCUCACGUUGGCAUGGCCCUUAACGUUGCUUGACCCAUUCACCCGAAUAUGGGGCCCCACCUGAAGUGUCCCGCGAUGGUUUUACUGCUGGCAGGGCUGGGCCCAUUCUUCACUGAAUCAGUAGCGCAACUCGAUCACAAACUCGAUGAACUAGCCGUCGAGGAAGGAAGGAGAGAGUAUACGUCUCUGAUAGAAGAGACGAAAUACCCUCGAUAUGGGGCUUGUUGGUUGGAAGCCAUCGAGUACCUCCAUGAAGGCUGCCGGACUCUCACCGACGAAUCUCAGAGUCGGGUGGCUCUCAAGUUUGCCAACUGCUUCCUGCUGAAGACUGGACAGAUUGUGUAUCCAUGUGAGGAUGAUCAAGAAAUUCGUGAUUGCACCCAACACAUGAGCGACAAGGCAUAUGCUACAUUCAACAAUUUCUUCACUCACACUAGGAGCCUCUGUCAAUUCUUGCAGAGCCAGAAGUGGCAGACAAUGACAGAAGACGUAAUAUCUCGGCUGUCACUGACAUCAGCAGAGGUGAGUCACCGGGUCUCAGAGACAAAUGAACGACUGAAACAGUCAAAUGAACUCCAAGGGGAGCUGCUGAACAAGCAGAAAGAAGCCUUUCAGUCCUUGUCUAAACUCCAUGAAGAGGAGGAAAGAAUGCAGCAGCACAUGCAGAUGUUUGUUAUCGGAUUCAAGGAAUUCAGGUGGCAGACAUCAGAUGAGCAGCGCAGCAUUGUUCUAUCACUCUUGGAUCGUCUGACCAAGCUCCAGAACUUUGUCCUUGGGGAAGUCUCCACAUUUUCCACAAUUGUGUAUUACAUCACAGCUUUUGUCCUUUGCUUUUUCCUCACCUCUACUCCACGCACAGCAGCAGCUCGCUUUUGGCUCUACCUCAUAUUGACUGGCAAUGCCUUCCUUGAACUCUCCUUGUCUUCAUAUAUCAUUGAGAGGGGAGGAGACAUGGGUUUGGAUGCUCAAAUGGUUUCAGAUUCUCGUCACUACCGGGUGUGGCUGCUACGGAAGGCAAUGCUUACAGUAUGCAGUGUUGUCCUUGGCACCUUGGCAUACAAGUUCAAGGACCUAAAUGCAGUUAAUCAUCAGCUUAUCCGUGAGCUUUACAAGCAAAAUGAGGAGAUCAAAAAGCACCUCUCUUCUUACAUUUCAUUAGUGACUGCAAAGCCAGUUGAGCAUGGGGCAGCAUUUAGACAGCAAGCAAAUAGAGACUGGACUGAUGCAGUAUGUGGUACAGAUGACUCAAGAGAUCUGGAUUCAGAUUCGGACGACUCAGAAGCAGAGUCCGACCUAACGUAUUAUCCUGCAGCCAUUGGCUGGAAAGAUGACAAUGAUUCUGAUGAUGCAUCUUACAUAAGUGAAAUUGAUGCAGAGGAAUUGUCUAGCAUAAAAGCAAACUCAUCCAUGCCAGAGGAGAAAGAUGAAGCUGACCAUCCAGAUAUCUCAGUAGUCAGCAAGAGCCCAAGAAGACUCAAGCAGACACCAAAAAGCACUCCGUGUCAGAGGUACAACUUACGGGAGAGAAGAAAAGACAUUGACUACAGCAGUAAUUCUUCCUUAGCCCAAGAAUCACCUGGGAAAUUCUACCACCUGAUCAAGCAGAUGGAAAAGAGAACCCAGAAGACUUCCUCUUUACUCCGCCAGGCACUUAUGAACCAGACACUUGAGAAUGCAAUUUUAUCUGAUGAAGACUGAAGCCGAGUCUGAUUCUCAUAGCCUCAUUGCCAGAGUUCCAUGUGCAAUAUACAACUCAUUCCUCCAAGUAGAAAGAGGACUAUUGUCCUCAGCUGCAAGUCAAGUACAAUUUUCUUUCAAUUGUGAAGAACCAGCCAUUCCCAUUAGUAUGCAAUGAUUUCAAUUUGAUACCACUGAUUUCAAUGUCAUUUCAUAUAAUAAUCAGCUUUUCUUCCUCAUCAGUGUGCCAUCUAUCAAGGGCUUUCAUCAAGGAAUUAUAUCAAUUUUUGUGUGC